UACCAAAUCCGUUUGUCCGUUACCUCGUAUCUCUGAUACUAUAAAACCAAGAGCUAUCGAAUUUGGUAAUAAAAUUGUAGGCAUGUGUCGAACCUUUCCCAACAAAAGCUGUUGUUCCAGCAUGUGUGCAUAUAAUGCCGCCCCAUAAUGUCAUAACCAUAAUGUAUCCGGUCAUAUGUGCCGUGACCCCAUUAUCGUAGUGUCCCAUCGGAUCCAUCAAAAGGUUCGCAUCAUCAAUAAUUCACCAGCUCGCAUUUGCUGCAGGAUUUUUAGGGAGUCAAGGGUUCCCCCCGUUGGGAUAUCGAUUUAAUUUAGAGUCCAGGGGAUAAUUGCGUGACAAUCAGCGGAUUCGAGAAGGUAGGACACUAUUGACCACCGGGCCACACAGUUGGCAGCAAAACAUCUGCGGAACAACAAGCUCAUCGGAGCAAAUAAAAUUGAAUAUUUGCCAAGCUCUUCAGAGAUAGCGAAAUAUACUGGUCCGAACAGAUUCUGAUAAGCUCUGAUAAACUCCAGUGGAUAUAUUUUAUUGUCCACCGUUUCAAGUUAAAGGGUUAACGAAGCUUCAACUGAUCGGUUGACCACAAUGCGGAUGCGACUCCUCGUUAUUUGGAUCACCUUAACGGCUCUUCUUCAAUGGAGCAGGGCUCAGGAGGAUACUAGCUUGAGUGGAGGCGUUGAGGGUCCGGAUGCAGAUGAAGAGAAGCCUCCGAAAAUUAUGGAAGAUAAGAAUACUUCUCCAUCAACAGAUCUGCCUGAAGUAGAAUCUCUUAUAGAUAGAGCUACAGAGCCUCCAGUAGGAGAAGAGGAUCGUCAUCAAUCUGGAGAGGAGAAAAAAGAGGAACCUGUAGGCUUUGGCAUGGGUACCCAGGAUAUGCCCUCUGAUGGCAGUCAGAUUUCCGUGAUGUCAGAAGAGGAAACAACGGCAGACAGUACAUUGGCUCCACCAAAAGAAAUUGAAGGUCAAGAAAAACCCACCAACCCAGAACCUUCCUCCUCUGAAGCAGACAUACUCAAAAAAGCACAAACUUCACCUGUACGAGGCACUGUAGCAGGGCCACCCGAUUACCAGGACGAUACUCCCUUCGAGAACAAUAGUGUCCCGGUGGAAACCACGACGGCCGCCUCAACUCCUGCUCCGGUACAUCCUCCGCCGGGCUGCUACUCGUGCAUCAACUGCAAUGCAACGGUAACCGAUGCCCAGAAAGCCGACUGCAAGACAGGUUCUGGAAAUCGGAAUGGAUGCUAUACGAUGCUCGUGAAUGACCAAAAUCUUUUGCCGGACAAAAAGAAUUACGUGGAGCGUGGAUGUACAUCCGAACUGACCGAAGCCUUCUUUAGCUACUGUAGGGACCACAAGGAGCUGUGCAAGAUGUGCGAUACCAACUACUGCAAUGUCCACGACAUGACGUCGCUACAGGUGACGACCGCAGGGACGACCUCAAUUUGCCUGCUGAAGUCCCUCCUUAUCGGGAGCAUCGGCUUGGUCAGCUGUUUGCGGCGACAGGUGUUCUACUAAACUAAGCUACUCUGAGUCACGACAAUUAAAAACUACAAAACAGAAAGCUAAUGGGACUUAAAAAUCGAUAA